AUGUCUCUAUUCAGAACCUUACAAAGCCGGCCUCGAAUCAUCACCUUGUUCACGCACGAUGUGGCAAGCAAGCCUAGCACACUAAUAAUGCAGCAAUUGCGUGCAGGAUCAUCGGAUAAAUACGAAAUCGAGGUUCACACGAAAUUCCCAACUUUGGACCAGCUCAAAUACAUGAACGGUAUUAAUAGCGCUGCUCUACAGGCUCAGGUGCCAAAUCUGAGCACUCUACUGCUUAAAGAUACCACUUACGAAACGUUCAAUAAGGAUCUCAAAAAAUGCGUAUCACUCAAAUCGUGGAAUUCGUCGUCCUCGCUGUGGGUAGAUUGGGAAAAACAGAAACUGGGUAAUGAUGCAAGUAGUAUCAAAUCAGCGCUUGAAAGUGUCUAA